AUGGUUCCAGAUGCUCCCGCAGUCAUUGAGAGGGCUUUCUCGCAAAGCUACUCGUUCAUAAUUGCUAUUAUUGCUAUCAUCUUACCCACUAUCGUCUACUUAAUCCGAGCCGAUGCAACUUACCCCGGCAUACCACUGUUCGGUAUGGAGAGUGGGGAGUGGACUUACAACGAAGCAAAGAAGCGCUAUUUCAAAGACGCUACCAAGAUUAUGAAGCAAGGAAUGGAAAAGGUGAAGCAACGAGGCCUCUCAGUGGUCACAGAUGCUGACAUCCGGAUAAAGUUCCAAGGCAUGCCGUUUCAGGUCGUCGAUAAGGAUGGGCCAAUAAUUGUUCUCCACCCUCGCUUUGCCGACGAAAUAAGGAAUGUCCCACAUCUUUCCUUCAAUGCUUUCACAGAAAGGGAUUUGUUUACCUCCUACCCAGGAUUUGAUGCAUUUCGUGUGGUGACGGGCGACAGCGUCAUCUUUCAAACGGUAGUGAGGAAAAAUUUGACGCAGGCUCUUGGUGGGAUGUCUGAGGAUCUGUCCUGUGAAGCUGCGUCCAUGCUGAAAGCGCUGUUACCUGCAACGAAAGACUGGAGUAGCAUCAAACUGUCACAGAUCACACCAAGAAUUGCCGCUCAGUUGUCGGCCAAAGCAUUUCUUGGUGAUCCCCUCUGCCACAACGAGGACUGGCUGGGAAUUUCGAUCAAUUAUACCGUGGACAUCUUCAAGGCAGCGCGAACACUACGUUCCUAUCCAUCCCUCCUACGGCCUUUCAUUUACCGCUUCCUACCAGAGGUUCAUACCAUACAGGAUCAUGUCAAGAAUGCUCGCAGGAUCAUCGAGCCUGAGGUCAUAGCACGCCGUAGAGCUCGCCAGAAUGCUAACACAGAUGGUAAGCGUACCAAGGCCACCGAUGCUGUCGGCUGGAUGGAUGAGGUGGCAAGCGAGAAAAACCAACCAUUCGAUAUUGUCGCCGCCCAGCUUCUCCUUUCCGUCGUGGCAAUCCACACCACAUCUUUCACUCUCAUGGCCCUUCUCUACGAUCUUACUGCGAACCAGCAAUAUAUCGAUGAGCUACGGGAAGAAAUCAUUGGGGUUUUGAAGGAGGACGGGGGCAGGAAAAAGACGGGUUUAUACAAGAUGAAGCUCCUCGACAGUUGCAUGAAAGAAAGCCAGCGACUGAAUGUUCUGUCAGCCGCAUUCAUGUCUCGCCGCGCGAUGGAGUCCUUCACUCUCUCCGACGGCACUCGCAUCCCCAAGGGCGCAUAUCUCCAAGUCCCCACGUUCGACAUGCCUGAUGGUGAUAGAUGGGGACCCAACAAGCACAGGUUCGAUGGCCGUCGUUUCCUAGACCUGCGCAACCAGCCGGGGCAAGAGAACCGCUGGCAGUUCGUCACCACAUCGGCAGAGCACCUGGGAUUUGGACAUGGGCAGCAUGCUUGCCCGGGUCGCUUCUUCGCAAGCAACGAGAUCAAGAUUGCCAUAGCCCAUCUAUUGCUGAAGUACGAUUUCAAGCUGACCGGGCCGCCCCCAAAGUCACCUAUUGAGUCGGAAUGGAUGCCUGACCCGAACUAUACCAUGCUCUACAAGUCGAGGCAGCCAGAGAUCGACCUUUAG